AUGGCGCUGCACCAGGUGACUCUUUCAAUCUUUGAGAACAAUGUUGGUGUGAGUGAUGCCGUUCUGCUAGAUCCACUUACAGAAGAUGCAUUCAUAGAAAAUAUUCAACAACGCUUUGCCCAUGACCAGAUAUAUACAUACAUUGGCAAUGUGGUGGUGUCUGUCAACCCAUACAAGAAGUUGGCCCUCUACACCGACAGCGUGAUUGAAGAGUACAGAUGUCGCAACAUAUAUGAACUCCCGCCACACAUUUAUGCCAUAUCAGAUGAUGCGUAUCGGUCUAUGCGGGAUCGGAACUUGGACCAGUGUAUCAUCAUAUCAGGGGAAAGUGGUGCUGGUAAAACUGAGGCCAGUAAGAUGAUCAUGCACUACAUAGCUAAGGUGUCAGGGAAAGGUCGUGACAUUGACCAGGUCAAGGAACAGCUGCUUCAGUCAAACCCAGUACUGGAGGCCUUUGGAAAUGCCAAGACCAAUAAGAAUGAUAAUUCUUCUCGCUUUGGAAAGUACAUGGACAUUGAGUUUGACUACAAGGGAGAUCCUAUUGGUGGUGUCAUCACCAACUAUCUUUUAGAAAAAUCAAGGGUUGCUGGACAAAGUAGCGGGGAAAGAAAUUUCCAUGUAUUUUACCAACUAUUGACUGGAGCAGAUCCUACUACACUAGCAAAUUUAAAGUUAACUUCAGAUCCCAACCAGUUUACUAUUCUCAACAAGAGUGGUUGUGUGUCUGUGGACACAGUGGAUGAUAAAGAGAACUAUCGCAUUGUUAUGAAUGGCAUGAAGGUGAUAGGAUUCAGGGAAGAAGAGAUCAACGCAGUACACCAACUCCUGGCCAGUGUACUCAAGCUUGGUAAUGUAGGAUUUGUUCACCGUAGCAACAUGGAUGGAACUGAUGGCUGUGAUAUAGCAGAUGACAAAGAUCUCCGAGAUGUUUCUGAUUUGCUUUCCUGUUCCAUGGAAAACCUUUAUGAAAGUUUGACCCGCAAGUCAGUUGAGGUCAGAGGUGAAAAGGUCAAAUCUGAUCUUAAUUUAGCAGGGGCAACCUAUGCCCGUGAUGCCCUCUGUAAGGCCAUCUAUAGCCGCAUGUUUUCCUGGUUGGUUGGCAGGAUUAACGACAGCAUUAGGGUGAAAUCCCAGUCCACUGGUAAAUGUAAAGUGAUGGGUGUCUUAGACAUCUAUGGAUUUGAAGUGUUUCAGGAGAACAGUUUUGAGCAGUUCAUCAUCAACUACUGUAAUGAGAAAUUACAACAGAUAUUCAUAGAACUUACUCUGAAGGAAGAACAGGAUGAGUACAUCAAAGAGGGAAUUGAAUGGAUCCAUGUUGACUUCUUCAACAAUUCUGUGAUCUGUGAGCUCAUUGAAAAGCCAAAUGUUGGCAUCCUAGCUAUGCUGGAUGAGGAAUGUCUCCGCCCUGGAAAUGUCACAGACAAAACCUUCCUGGAGAAACUGAAUGUAGCCUGUGGUAACCAUCCCCACUAUGAGAGCAGAGGAUGUAAAAAAAAUCAGUCGGACAGAACAUUAGCCCAUGAUAUCUUUCGUCUCAAGCAUUACGCUGGAAAUGUGACUUACAAAGUGGAGGGAUUUAUAGACAAAAACAACGAUCUACUCUUCCGUGACCUCUCUCAAGCCAUGUUUGCCUGUGAUCAUCCUCUCUUGAAGGAUCUUUUCCCUGAAGGUAACCCAGCCCUGAAGUCUCUUAAAAGGCCAGCUACAACUGGAUCUCAAUUCAAGGUGUCUGUUACAGAACUGAUGAAAAAUCUUCUAUCCAAGAAUCCAAAUUAUGUCAGGUGUAUUAAGCCAAAUGACCAGAAGAAACCUGGUGUCUUCACACUGGACAUUGUGCGACAUCAAGUCCGGUAUCUUGGGUUGAUGGAGAAUGUACGGGUGAGAAGGGCUGGUUAUGCCUUCCGACAGAGCUACCCACAAUUCCUUUACCGAUACAAGAUGUUGGCCAAUGAGACGUGGCCUCACUGGACAGGUGACCCUAAAGAGGGUGUGAAAAUCAUCUGUUUAGCCCAGAAUAUCUCUAGUGAAGAAUAUGCCUUUGGAAAAUCUAAGAUCUUUAUCAGAAACCCCCGUAUGUUAUUUGAUAUGGAGGAGAGGCGACGAGACCGUAUGCACUACCUAGCUGUGAUGAUACAGAAAACAUACAAAGGAUGGAAACAACAGAAACUGUACCAGCUAAUGAGGGCUAGUCAGGUCAUCAUUGCUGCUCGGUUCAGAGGAUUCUGGGCCCAGAAACAAUAUCAUAGGACAAAGAGAGCUACCUUGGUGUUACAGUGCUUUGUCCGUGGCUGGAGGGCACGUGUGCUGCUGAAGAAGCUGAAGAGAGAGAAAUUGGAACUGUGGGCUGUGGCUAUUAUCAGGAAAUAUUUCCUUGGCUGGAAAGUUCGUAAAGAGUACAGGAAGAAGUUCCGAGCCCAGGCGGGCCCCAAAAUUGUCAAGUUCAUCCAGGUUGCAUUGAAGAAACAGUUCUUAUUGAAUAUGAAGAAAAGUCUGCCCUCCAUGUCACCAACUGACCCCUACUGGCCUAAGUGUUCACCACGCUUUAAGGAUGCAUCAGACCAACUACAGGUCUUCUUCCAUAGGUGGCGGUGUGCGAAAUACAGAGAGAAGUUUGACACGGCUGAGAGAUACAAGAUGAAAGAGAAGGUCACUGCCAGUGACCUAUUCAAAGAUAAGAAGGAGGGAUAUACACAAACGGUCUCCAUGCAAUUUGCUGGUGAUUAUCAAAAUCUGCGACAAAACCCCAAAUGGAAGAAAAUGAACGAAGUAGCCAAUGACAACCACGUUGUUUUUGCAGAUGCUGUCAAAAAGGUCAACAGAGCCAAUGGAAAGAUGGUUGACCAGCUACUGGUGAUCAGUACACAGGCCAUAUUAGUGAUAGAACACCAUACCAUGAUGGUCAAGUACCGCAUUCCUGUCGCUGAAAUCAAAAGGAUAUCACUGAGUCCCUUCAGAGACUCCCUAGUCGUCCUUCACCUUCAAAAGCAUGAAAAUGGUGAUAAGCUGUCAAAGAAGGGAGAUUUCCUGUUUUGCUGUGAUCAUGCCAUCGAGGCAGUGGCUAAAACAUACCUGGUGAUACAGAACAGUACAUCACAGCCACCUAAUGUUCAGAUAUCUAAACAAUUUUCUGCACAGUUUGGGUCAACAUCUGUUCAACUGAACUUCCAAAAUGGAGUACAAGACAUUGUUGGUGGUAUAAAAAUCCAAAGAAGGAAAAAUGUCAUGGAUGUUCUACAGCCGUAGAGGAGUUUUGAAUGUCUGGGAGUGUGGCACAUCCAUAGUGAAGUUUAAUGACUGUCUGUUGAUGUGUCACAUCGAUAGUGAAGUUUAUUGUCUGUCUGUUGAUGUGUCAUAUCCAUAGUGAAGUUUAUUGUCUGUUUGUUUAUGUGGCAUAUCCAUUGAGAGGUUUACAUUUGUCUUUGGAUAUGGUGCAUGCAAAGGUGAACAUGCCACAUUCAGAGGUUCAAUAAGAUAGAUUUUAUGUGUCUUAAGUGAUGUGCCACAUCCAUACAUGGGUUUUAUUGUGGCACAAUGAUAAGAGGGGUUUUAUGUGUCAUAAAGUGAUAUAAGCCGCAUCCAUAGAGGAUCGUUUUAUGUUUCUGGGAUGUGGCACAUCCUUAAAGGUGUAGAAGUGUCUGUUGAUGUGGCACAUGCAUGUGGAGGCUGUGUGUAUGUGGUGGUGCCUUAAAAGGGUCAAUUCCAAAUAUGUGAGGAAGCUCGACAUCAGGGACAAUGGUGUUAAUAAUCCAGCCUUGGAUAGGAGAGCAUUAGUGUUGUUCUAAGUAGAAUGGAAGGUUUUGCUGUAUGUUUGAUGACACUAGAGCUACUCUGCAGAUUUUUAUAAAUACAUUUAUUAUUUCUGUAAUGUUUUCCUUUAAUAUCAUAAGAAAAGACAUCUUCAUAAUAACAUUACAUGACAAAGGUUUCCUUGUUUCUUGAAUAACAAACUUUUUCAUCCUUAAAAUCCAAAAGAUAUAACAAGGUUGUCAUGUCUAUUAUUGAAAAAUUGUGGAUGACACCUUUUUGGGACAAAUGUAUACACAUAAUUUCUGAGAAUUUCUUACUUGGAUUUUUGUUGGUAUACAUCAUAAUCCUUACAUAUCCAUGCUUUGUGUAUUCUGCAUUAACCAAGUGACAAACAAAUGAUUAACUCUUAACUGAUGUCAGU